GGGCCCAGUCAGUUUGGAGCGGAGCCGGGUGUCCGGUAGCUGCGCUCCGGGCGGUAGACGGUGGAGCGGGAUCGGGUUCGGGAUCGGCAGCGGGGCCGGGGCGGUCCCGGGCUCUGCCUGGGCGCGGUUGCCGCACGGGGGGCUGGACCCCGGGCCGCCCCGCCCUCCAGCAGCACUGCUCCGGCAGGACGCAGGCGGAUGGCGGAGAGCCGCGCUUCGCUCCCCCGGCUCCGGGAGCCGCAGAGUGGCUGCGGCCCCAACUCCAGUCCGCGGCCGGGCCGCGGCUACCGCCGGCACAUGAGCCACGGCCACCGCCUGAGGAAAGUGACCCUGACCAAGCCCACCUUCUGCCAGCACUGCACCGACUUCAUAUGGGGGCUUGGCGGCUUCCAGUGUGAUGUUUGUAAUUUCAUGUGCCACGAGAAGUGUCUGAAGAACGUGAAGACUCUUUGUUCAUGUUUGGCACCAGACCUGGUAAAGAUUCCUGUGGCACAUUGUUUGGGAGUUCCUGCUCAUUACAAAAAGAAAUUCUGCAUUGUCUGUCGGAGACAGUUGGAUGAAAGUCCUGCGAUACGAUGUGAAGUGUGUGAACUACACGUCCAUGUAGAUUGCAGUCCUUUUGCUUGUAGUGACUGUCGACGAUGUCAUCAAGAUGGACAACAUGAACGGGCUCGACAAGAAGCUCAGAGACCUUGGCCUUCACCCUUGAGCAGCUGGAUCUUGGACUUCCUUUCAGAACACUGGCAGGUGGAAUCAUAUCACCACCAUUGGCGGGAAGGGAAUCUCCCUCCCAGUGCUCGCUGUGAUGUCUGUAAGAAGUCAUGUGGGUCAUCAGAGGUGUUAUCUGGCAUUCGAUGUGAAUGGUGUGGGAUAACAGUUCAUGCUGAUUGCUAUAGUGGCCUCACACUAGAAUGCGAUUUUGGAAGAUUACAGAAUAUGAUAUUGCCUCCGAAUUGUGUACACCUAUCUGUACGCAAUUUCAGCAAGUUCCACUGUUUUCGGAUUGUAGAGGGUUCACAAAUGGAGCAGGUUGAAGAGGACAGUGAUGAUGAUGAUGUGGCUGCUGGAAACCAUGGAACAUAUAAAGAUACCCAGUCUUCUUCCACGACUGAUUCAGGUAAACAGACCUUAAAGAUAUUUGAUGGAAAUGACACUGUGAAGCGGAAUCAAUUUCGACUGAUUACUGUUCCACGAAUUUCGAAAACAGAAGAAGUAGUGGAAGCUGCACUGAGAACGUAUUACAUUCCUGAUAAUCCUCAGGAAUAUGAACUUCAAACGUUGACCCAGGACUCCUCGUUUGAUGACAUCAACAGUAAUGGAGGCCAGAUGGACAAUCGGAAGCUGCCAGUAUUCCGGGACACUAUACCUGAAGCAUGGGUGUUGCGUGCAAAGCCAACUACGUCAGAAAUAGUCCAAAUUUAUCCUGGAUGGUUGAAGUUUGGAGUGGCCUACAUCUCUAUUCCUAUAACUAUCGAGACAACGGUAAGGGCAGUACUCCAGGAGGUGCUUUUACAACUGGGGCGACAGGAUGAAAAUAUUGAAGAUUUUCAAGUAGUAGAGAUCCUCAUGGGUUGUAAACAGGUGCAGAGCCUGGUGCUGAACCAGUUCGAACUGAUGCUUCGCAGAAUUCAUGAUCUCAGGAGGGUCUCUGUUCGUCAGAUGAAUCAGACACGGUUCUAUAUCACAAGGAAGCAGAACACAGUGGUGCGAGUGAACCUGCUGCUCAUGGCUCUUCCACUGCACUUGUCUCAGGACAAGUACUUCUCACUACUCAGCAGUUACUUAGAGAUCAAAAGAAAUGUGGUGUCAAUAAGUUAUGUUUACGCAGAUCAAGGUGCCGUUGCUCUGGAGCUGUCAUGCUUUACUGAAGCAGAGAGGAUAUAUAUGCUUGUUAAAGACACUACCAUCAAUAGCAAACAGCUCUCUGCAGUUAUAAUCCCUGACAUUCAGGUCUCACAGCUGCCUCCAGAUUCCUACCCUCUCCUUUUGUUUGUGAAUCCAAAAAGUGGGGGAUUGAAAGGCCGAGAGCUGCUGUACUGUUUCCGGAAGCUUCUGAAUCCUCAUCAGGUCUUUGACCUUACAAAUGGAGGGCCUUUAUCUGGGCUACACACAUUCCGACAAGUUCCAUAUUUCCGGAUACUGGUCUGCGGGGGAGAUGGGACAGUUGGUUGGGUUCUGGGAGUGCUGGAAGAUAUUCGACACAAGCUGACCUGUCCGGUGCCUCCUGUCGCAGUGUUACCUCUUGGAACAGGCAAUGACCUGGCAAGGGUGUUGCGAUGGGGACCUGGCUACACCAAUGAGGAUCCCUUCUCCAUUCUGCUGGCUGUUGAUGAAGCAGAAGAGGUUCUCAUGGAUCGUUGGACAAUCCUUCUCGAUGGCCAAGGCUUUACUGAUGACAGAGAUGAUGGUGCCCCUGAAAUGGAACCACCGAAGAUUGUACAGAUGAACAACUACUGUGGAAUUGGAAUUGAUGCAGAACUCAGCCUAGACUUCCAUCAAGCGAGGGAAGAAGACCCCGACAAGUUCAACAGCAGGUUCCACAACAAAGGAGUCUAUGUAAAGGUUGGCUUACAGAAAAUUAGCCACACGCGAAGUCUGCACAAGGAUUUAAAGCUUCAAGUAGAUGACAAGGAAGUGGAACUUCCAAAUAUUGAAGGUCUCAUCUUUCUUAACAUUCCCAGCUGGGGAUCUGGAGCGGACCUGUGGGGCAGUGACAGUGACGGCCGCUUUGACAAGCCCCAGAUUGAUGACGGAAUGCUGGAAGUGGUUGGAGUCACUGGUGUCGUUCACAUGGGACAAGUUCAAAGCGGCCUGCGGUCUGGAAUCCGGAUUGCUCAGGGCACCUAUUUCCGUGUGACCCUGCUCAAAUCUAUUCCUGUGCAAGUGGACGGAGAGCCCUGGAUUCAGUCCCCAGGGCAUAUCAUCAUCUCUGCUGUGGGGCCUAAGGUUCAUAUGUUGAAACGAUGUAAACAAAAACAGAGGAAGCAAGCUGGGGGUUUCAAAGAUUCAAGAGCAGAGAGUUUUCCUCCCACUGAGGUGGGCAACUGAAAAAUAAAAACACUUACCAGCUCAUUUCAACAUUUGGAGAUAGAAAUCAGGAUUUAAUUGCUGAGUGAUGUAAAGUUUGGAGCAGUUUGCAUUGUAAUAAUCUUGAGAUUUAUUUGCUAAUUUCUAUUGGAAAUUUGCUGUGAUUGUCUGAUGUCUCCAGCCAGUAGCCCAGAAACACUGAAUUAUCAAGUAAAUGAUUGAUGUUCCUUGUUCACUAAGCUGAAGGGUAGAGUAAUUAUUGCAGUAAUCACUUCUAUGUAUGGAAAGGAAAUGCUUCAAUUGUUGCCCCUUCAGGAACAUGCUCUGCACUGUUAGAACUUAACAUGAGCAGCUCUUCACAAUGAUUUUUCUGUAAUGUCUUCUGACCUCCCCAGCAUAAUGGCCAGGAAAACAAUGUCAAACAAUUAGCAGAAUAUACAUUUUCAAAAUUCUUCCUACUUGUCUCUUAUUUUGGAAAAAUACUCACAUUUCUAAAAUUUUCAUUCCAGACCUUCGCAAAAUUCAUUUAAGAGAUCACAAGAUUCUUGUACAUGUUCAUAUUCUUUUGGUAGAACAUUUAAAAUAUUUGUUUACCUCAGAUUAUUUUGUUAUUUGAACUGAUAAUAUUAAUUAAUGGUGUAGACUUAUUCAUGCUUUAGUGAACUUUGAAAAAGAAAUGUUUGCAGAGAGAAAAUAGUUUUAUACAGAAAUAAUAUUUAUGUUUGAGGGUGAUAGAUAUUCAGGGAUGCAUUGUUAAUAUGUAGCCAGAGUAACACACUCAUUGAUUAGCACCACAUUAUUGUAAUGCAGUUAUUGUUCAAAAAAUGGAUUGAACACAGAACUAGUCAUAACCAUUCAAUGCAGCAAUGAGUAAAGGAGUGAAUAAUGGUUCAGAACAACAUUGCUUUAGAUUUAGUGAAACUGAAUAUUCUCUCUUGAGAGGGCACCAGAACAGCUCAAACAUCAUUCCAAACACCUAUUUAUUUUUCCAAAAGCUUAGUUUUAAAAUGUUGUAAAUUGUAAUGUUACAAAUUUUCCUACUGGUUUGUCUCAGGACACCGGUUAUAAGUAAUCUUUGCCAAACUUUUUGAAACAGUAUGAUUUAAGGGCAUAUCAAUUUGAUUGUUUCACUUGGUGAUUAUAGCCAGUAUGGGUGACCACAUCAUAUGAUCACACAUCAUGUGACAAAUGAUAUUCUGUCCUACGCUAGCUCAGGGGUUUACUCUCCCUCAUGGGGAUAUAAAUGGAAUGAUGCAGUUCCCUACUUUUUGAAUACUAUUUGAUACUUGUAUAAAAUACUAGAAUAACCUGUUCAAAAUGUCCCAUUUCUGUUACUGACAGAUUGAAACCUUACUUUUUCCAAAAUUCACGUCACCCCCUGUACUAGAGGAGUACCUGACUUUACUGAGCAAGGGAUUUUGGUGGUGAAACCUCCAGCUGUUAUUAGCAAUAAAAGACAACUUUUUCUGCUGGUAACAGUGUCUAAAGAGUAUGUGUAAAGGGAACACUCAUGAGUCACAAUUAUGAACUAACAGCAGCCAAAGUGUCCUACCUAGCUUUUAGUAGAAAGGCAACCCAGUGAAUGAAGAACACAGUUGUUUUCACAAUGAUCCACAGUAUGGUUCCCCUGGUAUGCAUCGAGAAAAGGGAAAAGUUUUGACCAUGAAUUCAUCUUGUGCUUACAAUGCGUGGUAAUGGUAUCAUGCAUCUCUGCUAUAAUGAACACUCAUUACAUUAGUUUUAUUCAGGGAGUGAUAGCCAAACAUCAUUGUUGUUCCAGUGAAUAUUAAUGCAGUGAAGUACCAAACACAAUUCCAUCUACAAUAAUACAUUGUCACAUUCCACUCUCACAGGAAUUUGUUUGUUUGCCAACCAGUGGGGAAAAGUAAUGAAGUAAGGAUUUUGUCUAAUUCUCAUGAACUGAAUUGGAUAUACAUGAAUCUUGUUAUCUAAUACCAUUGGAAUUGGUUUAUUUUUUAUUGCAUGUUUUAAUCUCUUCAUUUUCUUCCCUCUUGCCAUGACACUGCUAAAAUAUUCAACAAAAGGUUAAUUAAAACAAACUCCUGUGCUGAAAUAGAACAGAAAGUGAUCUAAAUUGUUCAUUCUCCUUCUGCUCUGCAAUAUUUUUGAACAUUUUUUGGUUUUUAAUCCUCAGACUUUCAUCAUCAGCCAUAUUUUGUGUUUGAGUUCCUUUGGUGGGUGGUACUGGCAUGGUGAUACAGUUGGCAAAUGCAUACAUUAUUAAGUGCUUUACAAAUCUUUCAUAAUGACAAUGGGGAAGAUGGUUUUCCUUUAGAAAUGCAACUCUGUUUUAGUUGUGUGCUGGUGCUUUUACUGAAAGGAAAUUGCAGCCAUUAGAAGAUGGGGAACUUUCUAGGUCCCAAAUUGUUUACGUGGUGAAAUUUUAGAGUUCUAUUUUGAUAAUGCUAAGAGUUUUUAAACAAAAUUAAAUGCAUAUUUGUACCUUUUUGAUUUGAUAGAACCAAUUCUAUUUUGUUAUGAUGCUUAAAGUUUUGUGGAUUGUUAUAUGUUAAUGUUUUGGGUUUCUUGGGAAUUAUAUUUAUGUUGCAUUUAUAUAUUAGUAACCAUAGAGGCAAGUACAAGGAUAUUGAAUGGGUUGUGUUUUUAGCAGCAUAUCAUACAUUUCUGCACACUGAUUUGUGACCGCAGUACGUCACAGAUUGUCUGUUUAUGAGUUUCAGGAUUUACACUUCCUUUCCUGGAGAGGAAAAAAAUGUUUGCCUCUUUUACUGGCCAAAGCUGCAAGGUGUCUGAAUGUAUUAAAGCAGUGUUUUAAUCUAGGGCAAUAUAUAAUAAUCUCACAAAAAUUAUUUUGAUUUAUCCUUCUGUGCCAGUGUCACUUAUUAAUUAGUUAAAUUAAUUGUGUGGGGCUGCAUAACCUAGAAUGGGUGAGUUUAAAUAUAAACUUUACAAAAAUCCUAUUGGCCAAUGGUGUAGUUACUAAAGCUGACUCUAGCAGGCAAUGGUGUUUUGUUAGUGCCUUGUUUGUGCUGCUUGUUUUCUGGAUGAGGCCAAUAAAUAACAUGCAAAGUCAGUAAGAAAAUGACAAACUUAAAACAUUGGCUGAGCCUAAAACAUUGAGCUUCUUUUAUAGUUUUUUUUUACUAACUUCCAGCAUUAAACAGUGAAUACUGACAGUAAAAUCUGUUUCUCCACUGAAAUAGGUGAUUGUUACCAUUGUCCUCCAAAGGUCACUUUAGAAUAUCAGUAACUGGUAGGUAAUUGUGAGAAAUUAUUUUUAUUGUGUUUUGCGAAGAUGUAGUGAUCUGCUCAUGUGCCUGUUUUUGCCACAUUAAUGUGAUGGGAAACAAAUUAUACUCGACAGUCCAAACACCAAAUAAUAAAAUGUUAAAACUCAACAAUUCUUUAAUCAAAAUGCCGGUGUUUAUGCAAAUGUUUAGUUUGGAUACACUGUUACUGGAAUCUAUUUCAGCUAUCAUUUUGUUAAAAUCAAACAGGUGAUGCUCAACCGUACUGAGCAGUUGAAUGGCAAAUACUGAUUACCUCUAAUGUCCUUUUCCAAUGUGCUUUGUGUGGUGUUAGUCUUCAGAUUUGUUUUAUGUGGGAGUGCUUCCUGUAGGUGAUGUGUUCUGCAGAACCUAGAUCUUACACUGUAAAUAUUGAUCAAACUCUCAGAUUCUCAUCAUUCCACUAUCUACUGCUCAGUUAGAAUUCCCAUCAUUUGAUGUGAAUUGCAUCGACUGUGUAUAUUUUGAAAUGAGUUGAUGUUGUAAAGGAAUUGCACUGUUAUAUACUGUAUAAUCCCUUCUGAAUGUAAUUCUGUGUUCAGUAAGAAAUCUAUCGAAAGAAUAAAAUCAGACAUUCCUAUGAAAUAGUUUAUAAUUUUACAAAUAGUUCAUGAAUGUACAUGUUGAAUUGUCAAAGUGUACUUUUGACUU